ACAGUCUCAUACAUGUGUUAACAUUGCGUUAACAGGCGAAUGUUUUUUACAUCAGACUGUCUUUUGUCUUUUCUUUGUGAAAAUUAGUAGUACUUUAGUUUAAUUCGAAAUACUAAUUAAAUACACUAAUGUCGGACAACCAGGACAAAGAAGAAACAUUGGCCAGUUUCCAGAUUAUAACUGGAAUAGAGGAUGUUGGCGAGGCCUUCUCCCACCUGGAGUCGUCCAAUUGGGAUCUAGUGGAGGCACUCAGCCGCGUCAUGCCACACGAUGAUGCGCCACUGGCCAAUCCCAUACACACGCCGGAGCCCUCAGCGCCAGAUCCGGUGGCGGUCGCCUCAGCACCAUCAAAUUCCAAUGGCUUCAGGUCAUUCAAUUUCGACGAGCAACCUGGACCCUCGCAAGGUGCCCGCUUGUUUCCAACCUCACAAAUGCUGGCCCAGCUGACAUCGAGCAUUAACUUGGAUCCACCCAGGCAGAAUAAUAACCAAAAUCUCCUAACAUUCAAUAUACACUUCAACCAACAACUCUAUAAAAUCUGCAUGCAACCAAACGCAACUAUAGAACAAUUGAAACGCAAGAUCUUUGACGUAACAAAUAUGCCACAAUGCCGUCAGGCCUUACGCGGCUGGCCGCCGUCCAGAGCAAGCGAAGCACAAAUACCAGAGACGCAGUUAGGCAAUUUAGAUUUACCGCCCGUCAGCGACCUCAUACUUGUUGAUCUAACCGAUGAUGGUUUCAUGGACACAGAGCAGGAUGAGGUUACACAGCGAUUGGAUAAAAUGUACAAAUUGCACAUUGUGGAAGAGGGCGGCACAGAGGCUCGCAGGCUCACACUUAAUUUUCCCGGACGCACCACCAUCCAUGAACUGAAAACAAAUGUUUACUACAUUACCAAUAUACCAGUUAGGCAUCAGGAAUGGUCCGGCUGGCCGAGCGGUUGUGAUAAUGAUACCAAUUUAGCGCAAUCGGGCAUUGAGCAAACGCACGAAUUUGUAAUACGCAACAUUGCGGAUCGAUCAUCAAAUAAUUCCAAUUUGCUGGCCAACACAGAAAUCGUAGCUCUCGACAGUGAAAGUUCAGCUGAUGAGUUUGAGGAUGCCACAGACUUUAACAAUUCGGAGUAUAUUUUCUCCGAUUCUCCGCCAGUGCAGCCGCUAAACAGACAUCUAAUACCCAACAAUACAAACGAUGAGACGACUGGCUCCGCACAAUUUGUGGAAAAUUAUAAACAACGCUUUGGCGAACCACAUCCCGAGUUUUAUGUGGGCAGUUUAGAGAACGCGCUGCGGCUGGCCUGUCACAAGCCCGCCAAGGAGCGAAAAUUGCUGGCAAUUUAUCUACAUCACGGCGAGAGCAUACUCACAAAUGUAUUCUGUGAUCAUCUCAUGAAGGACGAGGCCAUCAUACAGACAUUCAAGGCGAAUUUUGUGCUCUACGGCUGGGACAUGACGUACGAGAGCAACAAGGAUAUGUUUCUGUCCUCGUUGACGGCCUGCAUUAAUAGCAACGCUUCCUUAACGGCCAGAAAUAUUAAACUUGACAAGCUGCCCGCCCUGAUGCUAGUGGGCAAGAGUCGCCUCGAGGGCCGACAAACAUGCGAGGUCUUAUCUGUGAUUCAUGGCAACAUAGGUCUGGUUGAUUUGCAAUCGCGCCUGAUUGAGACAACGGUUAUGUAUGAGGAGCAGCUGCAGGGCGAAAUACGGGAGGAGAACGAGCGUGCUGCGCGCGAUCAGGUGAAGGCUGAGCAGGAUAUGGCAUAUGAGGAGACGCUACAAGCGGAUAUAGCCAAAGAGGCAGCUAAACGCCAAAAGGAGGCCGCUCAGGCCGCCGAACGCAAACGCAUUGAAUCCGAACAGGCCGAAGAAGACGCUAGGCGCGAGUCCAUCAGAUUAGUGGCUACACAAUCGUUACCUCAGGAGCCUGCCGAGCAAGAAGCAAACAUUUCCAAAAUACGCGUACGAAAGCCAACGGGAGAAUUUUUGGAGCGUCGUUUUUUCACACGGGACACACUGCAGGAUCUAUUGAACUUUAUAACCGCCAAUGGGUUUUUGAUCGACGAGUACAAGGUCAUUAGCAGUUGGCCGAGACGCGACUUAACGUCCAUCGACGCUGGGCAAACGCUGGAAACGCUAAAACUAUAUCCGCAGGAAACGGUUAUAUUGGAGGAGCGAUUUUGAUUUUGAUUAUAAAAUUAAUUAUGAUAUAAUUAAUUUUGAUUCUGAUUCUGUUCGUUUUGCGUUU